CGCGCCUGCGCAGUUCACCGCAGACGCAGAGGCGGAUUGUGUGGAGAGUCACAACGAGGAUUGACUUCUCAAGACUGAGCUUGCCUGGGAAAGAAGGUCACGGAAAGAAAAGAUAAAGAGAAGUUCACAAUGGCCCUUGCCCAGGGACUGUUGACAUUCAGAGAUGUGGCUGUAGAAUUCUCUCAGGAGGAGUGGGACUGUCUGGACUCUACUCAGAGGACUUUGUACAGAGAUGUGAUGUUGGAGAACUAUAGGAACCUGGUCACUCUGGCAGGAAUCUUUCCUUCUGAGAUGAAUGUUGUUUCCAUUGUGAAGAAGGAGACAGAGCCCUGGACUAUGGAGAAGACUAUGCAACUAGCAGAUAACCCAGAUGUUUUUUCUACAUGUGUGAUCACGGAAUUAUCAGCAAAAGAGAUCAUUGAUGAAGGAGAAUUAUUCCAGAGAGUGAUUUUGGAAAGAAAAAAUGGAAACCAUGGCAUCGAGGAUUUUCACUUCAGUGAAGUCAGGGGAGAUGUGCCUGAGUUUGAAAGUCAGUGGAGAGAAGAUGAAAGAAAUAAGAACGAAGUGACUAUGGCCCAUGAUGAAAUUUUCUAUGCUAGCAGAGAUCAACACGUUGAAAGACAUGCAGGAAACGAGUAUAUGACAUGUUUUAAAAAUAUGAUUGAAUUAAGCUUUCAGUCCCAUGUGUAUGAAAUGCAGAAAUUUCACACUGGAGAGAAAAUAUAUGAAUGUCAUCAAAUGGAGACAUCUACCAACAUUGGAUCUGCAGUUCCAUCCCUUCAAAGAAUUCCUCCUGGCUUUCAAAGGAACAUUUCCAAUGAAUGCAGGGAGGUUUUCAUGCAUCCUUCGUGGUUCCUACAACACCAGAAAACCCACAACAGAGAAAAACCUUACAAAUGUAACGAAUGUGGCAAAACCUUUAACUGGGGCUCUAACCGCAAUAAACAUCAGAGAGUCCAUACUGGGGAGAAACCAUAUAAAUGUAAUAUAUGUGGCAAGGUCUUUACUCAACGUUCAAGCCUUAAAAGUCACCAGAUAAUUCAUAGUAGAGAGAAACCCUACCAAUGUAAUCAAUGCGGUAAGGCAUUUUUCCGAAAAUUAAGUCUAAUUGAACAUCAGCGCAUUCAUAGUGGAGAGAAACCGUACAAGUGUAAUGAAUGUGGUAAGGCUUUUACCCGAAAAUCAGGUCUUUUGAAACAUAAAAAAAUUCACACUGGAGAGAAACCUUACAAAUGUAAUGAAUGUGGCAAGAAUUUUAGCAGUCCAUCAGUCCUUUGGAAUCAUAAGAAAAUUCAUACUGGAGAGCAAAAGUACAGAUGCAAUGAAUGUGGAAAAGCCUUUAUGUGGGGCUCAAAUCUCACUAGGCAUCAGAGAAUCCAUAUUUUAGGAAAACCAUAUAAAUGUGAUAUGUGUGAGAAGGCCUUCAGUCAUCCUGCAAGCCUCAGAACUCAUCAGAGAUGUCAUACUGGAGAAAGACCUUUCAAAUGUAUUGAAUGUGGUAAAGCUUUUACCCAGAAAUCAGGUCUUGUGGAACAUCAGCGAACUCAUAGUAGAGAGAAACCUUACAAAUGCAAUGAAUGUGGUAAGAGUUUUGGCAGCCGAUCAGUCUUUCGGAAACAUAAGAUAAUUCAUACUGGAGAGAGUCCUUAUAAAUGUAUUGAAUGUGGUAAGGCUUUUUCUGAAAGAUUAAAACUUGAGGAACAUCAACGAAUUCAUAGUGGAGAGAAACCUUACAAAUGUAAUAAAUGUGGUAAGGCAUUUGCCCGAAAAUCAGGUCUUUUGGAACAUCAACAAACUCAUGGAGAGAAACCUUACAAAUGUAAAGAAUGUGAUAAAUCUUUUAUCCGAAAAUCAAAUCUUUUGGAACAUCAGAGGUUUCACAGUGGAGAGAACCCUUACCAAAGUAAUGAAUAUGGCAGGGCUUUUUACAGUACAUCAGCCCUUUGGGAUCAUAACAAAAUUGAUACUGGAGAGGAAAAUUACAGAUGCAAUGAAUGUGGAAAAUCCUUUAAGUGGGGCUCAAAUCUUACUAGGCAUCAGAGAAUCCAUACUGGAGAAAAACGAUACAAAUGUAAUAUAUGUGAUGAGGGCUUUAUUCGUCGUGAAAGCCUUACAGCUCAUCAGAGAAUUCAUACUGGAGAGAAUAAUUACAAAUAUACUGAAUGUGGGAAAGCCAUUAACUGGGGUUCAAAACUCAUUGAACAUGAGAGACUUCAUACUAUACAGAAACCUUAGAAAUGUUACAAGUGUAAUAAGGCUUUACCCAAAGAUCAAAUCUUGUGGAGCUUCAGAAAAUUCAUAGUAGUGAGAAACCUUUCCAGUGUAAUAAGUGGCAUGGUAAGCCUUUAUGUGAGGGUCAAUCCUCAUUAAACAUCAGUGAUUAUGUAAUAGAAUGCAGUGUAUAUGGCAAGGUCACUAUGCCAAAUUAACAAUUUACAAAUCAUGAGACUUCAACAUGGAGAAACCUUUUGAAUGUAAAUAAUUUGGUAAAACAAUUCUCACAAUGGACUACACAUCAGAAUUCAUUCUGUGGAGAACUGUCUAGUCCUCAAAGAAUAAUUAACAUGAGAUGUUACAUUUUACAGUGUAAUUAAAUGUUAGGGUUUGUUAAAACUCAUGAGAUUAUGUGUGUCAAGGAAGGAAGGACGUGUGGCAAGAUCCAUUUCUCUCUUACUAGUAAACUAGUUGAGGUUUCUUGAAAUUGCUACAUUACAACUUGUGACUUUCUACUUGAAGUUUGAAAUCUGUUGCUGUAAGAAUAAUUUCAAAUAGAAGAGCCAGCACAAAGCCAGUUCCCGUCAGGCAGAGUGCAAAUAUAUCCCAGAUUUCCACAUUGUCCAAGCUGCUGUACCACUCCAUCUGUAACACCAGCCACUCUCUAUACCCUUCAGUACUCUUCCCUCCCGUUUGUAUUCAGCAAUUAGCUGCAAAGCCUCACAGAGCUCAGGAACUGUACUUAAAAUUAAGUGGUUUAUUAAGGAAGUUGACAGGAUCAACAAGCUACAACUUGGGAUUAGGAUCAGGAAGCAUGCAGGCAGAGUCUAGAUGACUUCUCAUGUUGAGAGCACAUCCCUCCCUUAGUGCAGGACAGCUCUGUCAGCUCCUCUAGGGUGUGCAAGCAAGCAGGCCUCUCUGCCAUGCAUGCCCCCCGUGCUGUGCACACACUCCCCCCCGCCCCGCCCCACACCAUGCAUGCCUCCUCUUGGCCUCCUGAGGACCGGCCUCUUGGCCCACUUGUCUGUUACCACUGAAUGUGCUGCAGGGCCCCUUUCCAGGCCUGCUGCCACUGGCUCUGCCACAGGGCUUCUUCCAGGCCGUUAACUAUAGUCAGUGUUACAGUCCUUGACCUAUGUUAUAGCUAUUUUAGGAGGUUUCCUGCCUCCUCUGCCUUUUUUCUACCUUUCGUUAUUUUCUUUCUAUCUGAAAAACCUCUGUGGGUUGGUUGUAUACUUAAACUAUUUGUCAAUUUCAAGGCGUGGCUUGCUGCCCAGGGCUAAGGUCUGAACAAUCACCUCUCGGUAGGCCACAGAAACUUCAUUUGCAUAGUAGCCACUUCAUUUGCAUAGUUUAUUGACCAGUCCCUGCAAGGUGCAUACCAAUUACAGGGCAGGCCAUAGGACAGACAUUGUGUAUCAAGCCGUUUUUUUACAGUUUACCCAGGAAAUGUCAAUCAAGUUAGACAAAAGUAAACCCUCUGGGUUAGAAAACUAGUAAUGGUAACCCCUCAGGGCUUAGCGGAAAAAUUAAACUUUUUACAAAGAAACGAGGCAAAAAUCUUAAUAAACUCGUUUUACUACAGUUCUUAUGAUGCCUUCAUUACUGGCCUUCCACAUGUUAUGAUGGUCUCCGGGAAGCAAUGAAUGAGAUGAAAUGCUCUGUUUUAUUAGUUGUAGUCCCUGGGUGGUAGAAAUGGUUAAGCUGUUGACUACUAGCCAAAAGGUUAACAGUUUAGCGUCCAUGUCAAUUUUAGAGUAUGUGGAGGAGUGAAAAAUAGAUGUAAAACAAUUUAAACAAUCAUGAUUCAGAGGGUCACUUAUAGGAAAGAACUAAUUCAGCAAGUGACCAUGAAACAGCACACAGGUACAUUGAGAGACUGAGAUUUUCAUGGUAGUCGAAUAAGUUACUAAGGCUUCCAUAUCUGGUAGAAAUAAUGAAAGGCUAAUGAUGUCACUGUGGGACAAAGACAUAUGUUUGACUUUUUUUUGUCUCUGGAUUGGGAGAAUGGCCUGAGUCAUUUUGUCUUUCUAAAGCAGCCUGGCAAAACCACAUGGUCAUAUCAAUUGAUGCAUAAAAGGUAUUUGAUAAAAUCCAUCACACUUGAUAAAAUCUCAGCAAAAUAGGAAUAGAUAGGAAAUAUUUCAACAUAAUAAAGUACGUAUAUGCAAAAUCAAUGGCCAGCAUUCUCAACAGAGGAAGACUGAAUGCCUUCCCCUUGAGAACAAGCACAAGAAUGCUCAAUAUGACAACUCUUACUCAAUAUGGUACUGAAAGUCCUAGCCAGUGCAUAAGAAAGCAAGCAAAGGUAUCCAAAUCAAAAAGGAAGAACUAUUACAAUCUCUAUUUGCAGGUGAUGUGAUCCUAUACAUAGAAGACCCUAAACGUUCCACAAGAAAAUUACUGGAUCUAAUAGAAGAAUUCAGCAAUGUUGAAGGUACAAAAUCAACACACAAAAAUCAGUUGGGUUCCUUUACAUUAACAAGGAGUAUUCUUAAAGAAAAUGAAGAAAACAAUACCAUUUACAAUAGCCCCCAAAAUGAUAAAAUACCUAGGAAUUAACCUAACCAGGGAUAUAAAAGACAUACAGUGAAAAUUAGAAAACACUUUUAUAAGAGACUAAAAGAGAUCUACAUGAAUGGAAGGACAUUUCAUACUCAUGGAUUAGAAGACUUAAUAUGGGGAAAAUGUCAAUACCUAAAGCCAUCUAGAGAUAAAAUGCAAUCCCAAUACAAAUUCCAACAAUAUUGUUUACUGAAAUGGAAAAAAUAAUGACCAAGUUUACAUGGAAGGGAAAGAGGUGCUGAAUAGCCACAGCAAUAUAGAAGAAUAAAAAAGUAGGAGACCUCAUACUCCCCAAUAUUCAAAACAUAACUAUACAGACAUUGUAGUCAAAACUGUGGUACUGUAGAUGCAUAGACUAGUGGAAUAGAAUUGAGAACCCAGAAAUCCAUGCAUUUAUGUAUAGAAAACAUUUUUUACAAAGGAUCAAAAUUCAUUCAGUUGGGAAAAACUGCCUAGUGAAUGGUGCUAGCAAAACUGGAUAUCCACUUGCAGAAAAAUGAAACAGGACCUAUACCUCAUACUGUACACGAUAACUCAAAAUGGAUCAAAGACAUGUUAAUCCUAAGAGUAUACAUUUCCUGGAAGAAAGGUAGAAAAAUAUGGGAGCUAAUUUACAAAUGCAUGGAUAGCAAAAGAAAAAUGAUUGGGACCUCAUAAAAAUUAAAUAUAUUCAUCAAGAGGCUAUUAAAUACUUAUAUUCAUCAAAAGAUUUUAUUAAGCGUAAAAAGACAAUUUACAGACUAGGAAAAAGAUCUUUUGAAAACAAAUCCAAUAAAGGUUUGAUGUCUAAAAUAUGUAGAAAACUAACAGCAACAAAAACAAAAGGGGCAAAGGACAUGUACAGACAAUUGACCAAAGAGAACAUUCAAGCAGCCAGCAAACAUGAAAAGAUGCUUACAUUAGCCAUUAAAAAAAAAAGAGAGAUGCAAAUCAAAACUACAAUGAGAUGCCAUCUUGCCCAGGCUAAAAUGGCACUGAUUUAAAAAAAAAAAAAAUGGUGAGGAUGGGGCUGUAAAAUGGUACAACCAUAUGGAAAAUGCUAUGGUGCUUCCUCAAACUAGAAAUACGUUAUGAUACAGUAAUCCCACUCCUACGUAUAAUAUACUCUAGAGAACUAUCUAACGAAAGACACGGACAGUCAUAAGCCCACCUAUGGUCACUGCAGCAUUAAUAGCCAAACAAUGGAAACAACAUAAGUGACCAUUAACAGAUGAGUAGAGCAAAAUGUACAUAGAUUCAGUGGAACACUAUGCUACCAUAAGGAACAGUGAUGGAUCUGUGAAACAUAACAUGGAUGAAUCUGGAGGACAGUGCCAAGUGAAAUACGUCAAUCAUGUAAAUAAAAAUACUGUAUGACCCCACUUUUGUAAGAAUACAGAAAAAUAUAUAUAUAGACACCAAUGUUCAUUGAUGGUUACCAAGAAUGGGGGGGAGGGGUAGUCACUGCACCACCAGGGCUCCCUCUAGAUUAUAGAUAACUUUUAAAAAAUUUUUUUGGUGAUGGGAAAUGUAGCACGGAAUGUGUGUGUAUAACUGCACAAAAGGAAAGGGUGUCAGUGCUAAAGAAUAUGACAUAUAAUUUUGCAACAACACCAACAAUAAAAAAUGGUCAUUGUGACGGUAAAGGUUGUGUGUGAACUUCGCUGGGCCAUGAUUCUUAGUGGUUUGGCAGUUAUGUAAUGAUGUGAUCACUUCCAUGAUGAAAUCUGCUAUAUGAGUAGUCAAUCACUUGAAAGGGAGUUUGCUCAGGGGUGUGGCGUGCAUCCAAUAUAUAUAUGGACUUUCUGGCAAAGCUUGCUGGCUUUUGCUCACUGUGGAUCCUGCAUCUGGCUGGUCAUCUCUGGUCAUCUCUGGUUCUUGGGGCUUGAGCCAGCAGCCUGCCGAUCGUGGAUUUGUCAGCUCUUGCAGGUACGUGAGUCAGGAGAAGCCUCCUUUGACUGGACCUGCUUAGCCAGGGGGAGACCAGCAGUAGGUAGGCUCCCAUGGUGUCCAUCACCUACAAUGCCAGUUAGAGGGCUUGCAUGGGAGAAUGUAUAUUUCCACCAUGCAGCUUUCAGAAGCCAGGGGUAAUCAGUGUGAAAAUGUCCCGUUUGUUUCUCACCCACAAUACAAAUCAGACUGCAUGAAAGUUUUCCUUCUCUGCCUGGACAGCUUUUGGGCCGGGGGACUGCUCGUUAGGGAAUGUUUCCAGUUGUAUGCUGUCUGCUUCUUUUUGUACAUAAAAGCUCUGAUUGGAAGAAUUUGAUGUUUUUGGAGUAAUACAUGUUUACCUUUUUCUAAUGGCCUCCUAGCUAUCAGAAAUCAGGUACAACAUGUGGGCACCAUGCAGUGUUGGUGGAUUGCAUCAUAAUGUCACCUUGGAAUUACAGUAGCUUUUAUAAUUCAGAGAUUAAUGGAAAAAAUCAAACUUGGAAAGUGAAAAGAAGCAAUUAUCAGAGGGCAGAGCUUAAGCAAAAGAAGCAAAAUGGAGUAUAUGUGGGUUGGAUUCAUAUUUAACCACUGGUAUUGUAUUUUGAUCCUGUUUUAUUCGUAUUUUGAUCCUGUUUUAUUCAGGAUGUUUCAAGGGUCUCGUGUUAUAAUUAGAAAAUUCUGUCUUUUUUUCACAAUCAUGAGGGACUCACAUUCCUUCUACCAACGCAAUCAUAUCCUACCUCAGUAGUGUACUACGUAACAAACAUUAACAAAGUACCAUUAAUUUCUCACAGUUAAAAGGCAUAUAGAACAAUUUCCAUUGUGGAAUCAAAUAAAAUUCUGGGAAUAUACACUUAAAAUUUUCACUUCAGGUAUUCUCAUGAACAUGCACUAGGUAAUUAUGAAUCCAAAUGCCUGUUUUUGUGGUAAACACCCACGGCUUGUAUUGGCCUUGAUUUACACAUGAUGAAAAAUACCAAAGUGUUAUGUUUAUGGCAAAUGUUAGGAAAUAAACAUACACCAGGAAUAAGGAUAAUUUUUUCUACUUGGAGCACUCAUUGAAAUAAUAUUGAAAAGAUCAAUGUUCAUGAGUUUUCCCUUCAGGGUGAACAUACACAGUGGUAAUUUUUCUUGUAGAUAAACAAGAAACUACAUAUUCACUUCCCAAAACUUUUAUUAAUUUCC